AGGAGACAACGUUCGAGGCUGGAGUCAAAGUGCAGAUCCACAGCCAGUCUGAGCCACCUUUUGUCCAGGAGCUUGGCUUUGGGGUGGCCCCUGGAUUCCAGACUUUUGUGGCCACCCAGGAGCAAAGGCUGACCUACCUGCCCCCGCCGUGGGGUGAAUGUCGCUCGUCGGAUAUGGGCUUAGACUUCUUUCCCGUUUACAGCAUCACAGCCUGCAGGAUCGACUGCGAGACGCGCUACAUCGUGGAGAACUGCAACUGCAGGAUGGUCCACAUGCCAGGAGAUGCUCCAUUCUGCACCCCAGAGCAGUACAAGGAGUGUGCAGAGCCUGCACUUGGUUUGCUUGCUGAAAAGGACAGCAAUUACUGCAUCUGCAGGACACCCUGCAACCUGACCAGGUACAACAAAGAGCUCUCCAUGGUCAAGAUCCCCAGCAAGACCUCGGCCAAGUACCUGGAGAAGAAGUUCAACAAGUCAGAAAAAUAUAUCUCAGAGAAUAUUCUUGUGCUGGACAUAUUUUUUGAAGCACUCAACUAUGAGACCAUUGAGCAGAAGAAAGCCUAUGAAGUGGCAGCCUUACUUGGUGACAUUGGAGGUCAGAUGGGGCUGUUUAUCGGUGCUAGCAUCCUCACUAUCCUAGAGCUCUUCGAUUAUAUAUACGAGCUGAUCAAGGAGAAAUUAUUAGACCUACUGGGAAAGGAGGAAGAGGAAGGGAGCCAUGACGAGAAUGUGAGCACUUGUGACCCCAUGGCAAACCACUCGGAGCCCAUCAGCCACACUGUGCCCCUGCAGGCCACGCUGGGGACGCUGGAGGAGAUUGCCUGCUGACCCUGACCCACUGCUCCACAGUGCCAACACCUAAGGGAGGAAAACUGCCCGGGAAAGCAGGGACCAAGCUCAGGUUUGCACCAGGG